AUGAGACGAGGUUGGAUCGGUAAUAUCAGCUCCACAGGGACCUUCAUGCCGCCCUUUGAACCACCGAAUGGCAGGGGAAAUGAUGCUCAGGGAGAGGAAGUUAUUAAGCCUUACACUCCAACAACCAUAUAUUCUGAUCUUGGACGUUUUGAACUUGUAGUUAAGAUGUAUCCGCAAGGAAGGAUGUCUCAUCAUUCUAGGGAGGUGCGUAGAAUAUCUGGAAAUUCUAGUUGGCAAGGAGGGUUCAAGUAUCAGACAGGUCAGUUUAGGUCAUUUGGAAUGCUUGCUGUAGUUCAGGCAUCACUCCCAUGUUUCAAGUAUGUCUCAUACAUUGCAAGAGCGAUACUUGAAAACCCAACAGACAAGAUAAAAGUACACCUCAUUUAUGCUAAUGUCACAUACGAUGACAUUCUCUUAAAGCCUCCGGAGGUAUGGGAUGGUGGUGUUGGGUUUGUAACCAAGGAAAUGAUCCAGGCUCAUUGCCCUGCACCAGCAUCUGAUAUUCAGAUCCUAAGAUGUUGA